UGUUGUUGUUGUCGCUGAAGAUUAACAAUGAAUGUCAUCUAUAUACUUGAGUUUAUUUGUUUUCUGAACUUUGUUUAAAAGAGAAAACCAACAUCCAUAGCUACCAUGUUUCUUUCCGAACGUUUUUCUGUAGCUGCCUAUCACAAAGAUGAUGAUUUGCACGUAGCUGAGGAAGUCUGCAGAUGUUUUGAUAAAAACAAGGAGAACUACACAGACUUUACAGUCAACGUUGGCGACACCAAGUUCAACUGUCACAAGUUUGUCUUAAGUUCCUGCUCUGGUUUCUUUGAAGCUCUCAUGAGGACAGAUAUGAGAGAAAAAUCUGAAUCAAGCUGUACCAUAGAGGGCAUCUCACCAGAAAUAUUUGGUCUGAUACUCGAUGUUUUUUAUAAAGGGAAGGAUGUUUUAGACAUCGUAAACAUGCUUGACAUGUGGCAUGCAUCAAACCAACUGCAGAUCAAAUUUUUAGUUUCAUUAUGUCAAAAGUUCGUGAAGGAGAGAGUAAAUUUACAAAACUACUGGGAAAUAUUUACCGAUGCCAAGCUGCUGGAUUCUAUUGACGUCAUAGCUAAAGUAAAAGAGUUUAUGGUGAACAAUUUUGAGAAAAUUGUUGAAUCAAACGACUUCAUGCAACUUUCUUAUGACGAUUUGACAUACAUUUUAAAUUACAAUUGGUCCAUUUCAGCCGAUAUUAUCGUAGAGUCAGUUUUAAAAUGGGCAUAUGCAGAUGAUUUUUACCUUCUACAUGAGCCAAAAUAUUUUAUCACAGCACCAAACACUGAGUCAGAUAAUUGCCAGCUAAAGUCAAUUUGUAGAAAAGGAAACAUUUCGAAAAGUGACAAGUUUAUGGAAGCACGUCGAAGGUCAUACCUUGCACCUUUAUUUGCAUUAGCUCCUCUUGAGAGAGCAAGCAACGAAUGUUUGAACAAACUUAUGAACAACAAAUUUGUCUUGGCGAAUGUAUAUGCCAUAACUCGUGUAAACAAGAUCGUCGCUUCAAGAUUUACUCUAGAAAGAAUGUUAAAACUGAACGAAAUGCGUGUUAAAGGCGUGAACUCGAAUUUGUUUUAGCCACAAGCAAGUUAUGAUGAUGAUUUGGAUUAUAUCACACAACUACUACUUAAAUUUUCAUAUACGACAAAUGACAUGACAGAAGAGCAGUCUCUAGUAAAUAAGCUUGCUGCUGCAAGAUUUAGUGACACAGAAACAAACGAAUAUAAUUUUGACACAUUAAUCAAGAGAAACAAAAUGUUUUUAAAUCCGAAAUUAUAUUUGCACUCAUCAAGAUCUGAGGAUACAUUUCUUUUUUCCCCCGAAAUUCUACCUUACUCUGCUUUUAGUUCUAGCGAAAUAAAAAAAGAUCAACCGAAAUCAGUUGAUGGACAUUAUCAAACUGCAGUCAAACUUGUAAAAUCAGUCGGCAGACUUACUUUCAGUGGAUUGGAAUUAUUGUUUUUUACUUGGUCUUAUGAUCGCUUUUUUAGUUAUUAAUUUAAUUUUAAAGGUGACUAUUACUGUAACCUACCGACAAUGCAAUUAAUGGUAUGUCUGUCUGCCUUACAACCACAAUAUUCACAACAUUCACAACAACCACAACAACCACAACACCAACAACAACCACAACAACCACAAAAACUACAACUACAACGACAACAAUAACCAUAAAAUCCAAAAAAAACCGCAAUAAUUACAAGAACCACAGUAACCACAACAACCACAACAGCCACAGUAACACCUACAAUCACCCCAACUACAACAAACAUAACAACCAUAACAACCACAACCACAACAACCACAACAACCAUAACAAGCACAACACCAGAACGGCCCAAACAACAACAACGACCACAACAGAAACAUCCCCGUUACCUAAAACUAUCCAUUGUUAUUACCCACAUCUUCCUAUUACUGCAUAUUGAAACACCAGCCUCUUUAGCCCUAAAGAUCGGUGACAACAUAUUAAGACAUUUUUUCCCAUUUUAAAAAACCUUACUAUGGAUUGUCAAUGUUUCAUUUAACAUAGCAUGUUUGGAGUUAUUUGUUCAAUCAUAGCUAGAUUGAUUCGUUGUAAAUUUGACUUUAGUUCCUUUUUUAAGUAUACGCAUGACUGAUGCAUUUACGCUGCCGGAAAAACAACCCAUUUUGAUUGUAUUAGGCCUACUUGAUUCAGCUGCUCAUUUUAAUACAGUUUCGUUUAUAUGUAUACAUAGAACUGUGUAAUAAGCUGCCAUUUAAGCAUAGCAAUCACGUUUAGUCGCAAACAAUGUCUUUGGUUUAUGAUUAUACUAGCAGUGAUGUAAACAAUAACAAAAAAAUGAAUUGUGCAAUAUAGGAUAACACAUAAUUUUAGUACACGAUGUUGAAUCAAGAAGUAAACACAUUUUAACCAGAAAGUGAACACAUUUAAAGAACAAACUGUUCACUUUUAAACAAAGAAAUGAGAACAUUUUGACUGACCUAUCUCAUAGACUAUGCUUGCAUGGAUCAGAGAACAUCGGAUAUAACUUGGCACUGAAAAGUACGUCUAUGUCUAGCAGGAUGAUCAACGAAAACAUGUAUGUUGUGACUUUGCAAUCUUGGUCCAAAAUUUGUAUAAUGUUUUUAUAAGUAUGUUAU